CGCACCUGCGCGGGGCCGCCCCGCCGCCCGCGCUCUCCGCCGAUCCCGUGCGCCGCUAAAGCCUGGUUUUCGUGCGGUUCCGCUUUUUUUUUUUUGCUUUUUUUUUUUCCUUCCUUUCUUCACUGGCGGCACUGAGCGCGAGGAGUUUUAUUCGGAAAAAGCGGGAAAGCAACGCGUUUUCUUACUCUCUGGACGUCUAAACUGAGUUUUACCCUAUAGUGAACUUCUCGGGCCUUUCUGAAAGCAGGAAUUGGAAUUGCUGGUGCCGCUUGACUGCCAGCGCGAUGGUUUGAAGUGGUGAAAACGUACCCGGCGGUGAAAACCCAGGUUUCCUCCAGUCUGAAAUGCACAAAUGCAGCAGCGUAUGUAGGAAGACAAGAUACACAUGGAAGAUUAUGAAGCACUGUGCCCUGUAAUUAUUUAUUUUGCUGGCUCUCAUCACUGGAGGAUGGCUGCCAUACUCUGUGAAAAUUGUUCUGGUUGGUACCACUAUACACAAGUCAACCAACCUCUUGAAAUCAGCUGCAUGUUGCUCCUUAUUAUGCUUGGAAAAGUGUCCCUUGAUCUCUUUGUAUUGCGGGUUAAAAAGAAAAAUGUGAAAGUUAGUUUUAUGGGAUACUUCUGUGUUUCACUAGCAUUUCUUGAUUUCACACUGCUGAUAAAUAUAGCUUUCAUUUUCUAUUUUGAAGACUUUGCACUUUGGGGUGUAAGAUUUACCAAAUACCACAUCUGCCUCUUCACUCAGAUAACUUCUUUUACCUACGGUAUUUUGCAUUACCCAGUGUAUCUUGUGGCUGUUCUGGAUUAUUAUGUGACUAUAGCCCAAACAUCUCAGUCUCCUAAAAGAAGUAAAAGAUUAUUUUAUAUAUUUGUUGUGGUUUUUAUAUGGAUUUCAGGGUUUUCUUGUAUUCUGAAAGUUCCUGCUAUCUAUGAAGAACUGGAAAUUCAGAAACACUUUUCUCCUUAUCAGUGUCCUUCCUACGUCAGUGUGCAGAGCUACUUUGUCUCGUUUACCAUGCUGCUUCUCAUAGGCAUGGCUCUUCUGGCUUGCUGGAAGGAAAUUUUAAUGAUGCUACUCUCUGUCAGGGUAGUUUCCUUUGCCAGUCAGCCUGUUCUGAUGUUCCCAUAUGCAUCUAACAGCAGCAGCACUUGCUGUAGGCGGCAACUUCUGACCAGACUUCUCAUCUGUUUUCUUGGCACUUGGGCACCUUUUGUUCUUCUCCAAAUUAUCAUUUUGUCUCUUGGUGCUCAGAUUCCAGCCUACAUGGAGAUGAAUGUUCCCUGGCUAUACUUCAUCAACAGCUUUCUUAUUGCAGUAGCAUACUGGUGUCGAUGUCAUGAUGUUGAUUUGACAGAGGAGAUGUGGUCUACAGAUCCAUUUGUCAGCUGGAAAUUCUGCUUUACACCAUUUAACAAUGAAAAUACAGAGCCAGCUGAAAAGCCAGGCACAGUAAUUGUAAUCUGUUAAUGAGCUGUUGACUGAAAAGACUGCAAAUAAGUGCUGUAAAACAGAAGUUUAGUGUUUCGUGCUCUGACAUUCCAUGUCCUUCUGGAUAAUACAAAGAAAUACUCUAGAGCUGCAAUCUCUUGGAAAAAAGUUAUUUACCAGUAGUGUAAUGAAAAUCCAUCCAAAAAUAUGUGCAUAUUUCCACACGGGUUUUUGAACUGGCAGGUGCUUGCUGUAUGCUAAAAAGUCUGGAUUUAACAAAAGACCCUACAUAAACAAGUUUUCAGUUGAACUUUGUUUUACAGUAGACUGACACUUGUUUUAAGCAGAAUAAUCUCAGGUUUUAUAGUAUAAAAUGCAAUAAAGUUUUCUAAACUGGAGACCUUAUCAGUUAUGUUCAAGUGUUACUUGCUGUCAAAGGCUCAAACAAGUUCUGUGACUUCUGAAGUGUACUUUCUUGUUAAAGUGUGACUUUUCUCAGUUUGAUUUAAAUUUUCUUGCCUGUUUAAAGAGGGAUAACUUGUUUUAGUUGAAGUACAGCUCCUACAAAAAUAAAUGCAAGCUCUGUUUACAUAUUACAAUAUUUUGGGUAAGAUGCAUAGGUGUUGCAUCUAAAGGAAAGGUGACGUUUCAUUAUGUCUUUGCUACU